CCAGUGGAACUGGUGGCAUCCACGCCAAAUGCGGCAGUUGAGGCGCUGGCAAGUAAAUAAGCGCCAUUUUCGCGUCCACCUUUGCGGGCACGUUCUGGAUCCGGAUUGUUGGCUCUCCGAACUCGUAAAUUUUUGGGGCCUCAACCAAGUCAGUCAAGGCAUGGAGGCCAUCAUCAUGACGACCCUGCCCACACUGACGACGGAUGCCGGUGACAGCAGCAGCUUUUGGCUAACUGGAGCCCUCUCGCUCUCCGAAAUGUUGGCCAACUCGAGCCACGGCCCCACUGGGAGCACAUCCUCGUCGGCUGGAAAUCCAUCGGCGGCAUCAUCGGCGGUAAAUGUGGCCAAGGACCACGAGAAGCACGUGAAUGACAGCGUUUCUACGGGUCUAAGCAACUACAGUUCAUACCCCAGCUACAUUCACUACCGGGACAAAUACGACCUAAGCUACAUCGCCAAGGUGAAUCCCUUUUGGCUGCAGUUUGAGCCACCUAAGUCGAGCACAUUCCUUGUGAUGGCGGCCCUCUACUGUCUUAUAUCUGUGGUGGGAUGUGUCGGCAAUGCGUUCGUCAUCUUUAUGUUCGCAAACCGCAAAUCACUGAGGACUCCGGCCAACAUUCUGGUGAUGAACCUGGCCAUCUGCGACUUUCUGAUGCUCAUCAAGUGUCCAAUUGCCAUAUACAACAACAUCAAGGAGGGACCAGCUCUGGGGGACAUAGCCUGUCGCCUCUACGGAUUUGUGGGCGGCCUAAGUGGUACGUGUGCCAUUGGAACACUCACCGCCAUCGCUUUGGACCGGUACAAUGUGGUGGUCCACCCACUGCAGCCCCUGAGACGCUGUUCCCGCCUACGCUCCUACCUGAUUAUCCUGCUAAUCUGGUGCUACAGCUUCCUGUUCGCGGUAAUGCCGGCCCUGGACAUUGGGCUAUCGGUAUAUGUGCCCGAGGGAUUUCUGACCACCUGCAGCUUCGACUAUCUCAACAAGGAGACCCCCGCCCGCAUCUUCAUGGCCCUGUUCUUCGUGGCGGCCUACUGCAUCCCGCUAACCGCCAUUGUGUACUCCUACUUCUAUAUCCUCAAAGUGGUCUUCACGGCGAGUCGCAUUCAAUCGAACAAGGACAAGGCCAAAACGGAGCAGAAGUUGGCCUUCAUUGUGGCGGCCAUCAUUGGAUUGUGGUUUCUGGCCUGGUCCCCCUACGCCAUUGUGGCCAUGAUGGGAGUCUUCGGCCUGGAGCGGCACAUAACCCCACUGGGCUCCAUGAUUCCCGCGCUCUUCUGCAAAACGGCCGCCUGCGUGGAUCCCUACCUGUAUGCGGCCACCCAUCCGCGGUUUCGCGUCGAGGUAAGGAUGCUGUUCUACGGACGCGGGGUCCUGAGAAGGGUGUCCACCACCAGGUCCUCGUAUAUGACACGAUCCCGAUCCUCGUUCACCCACCGAUUGCGCAGCAGCAACACCGGUGAGGGAGGUGGCCAGGGAGAUCACCGGAUGGAGACCUACCUGAUGAACAACAACCUGAUGAUGGUGCCCGAGGAGACGGAGGAGAACGAGGAGAUCGUCGUGGUGGCCGAGAUCAACAAUUCGGUGAGCAGUGUCAUGGAACAGAGUAAGUUCUGAAGGAUCCCCACAAUGGAAUCGGAUCUGCGAGGAAAGAAAGCGAGUAUUCCCUUAUUAAAUUCUCCACCAUAACUUUUAAAACUAAGUCCUAACUUAUUUUAAUUGUUUUCUAUACAAUCUUAAAUAGCCAAGGGAAUUAAUAGAUAUACCUAGUAUACAAUUUCCCCAUCUGAAUAAGUAACAAUUCCAUUGUUCAUUAAAAACUUUCGUGUUUUGUAUCACAAUAGAAUCUAUCAUGGGAAAAUCCGCAAUAUUAUUAAGUCUGAUUGAUAUGACUAAUCAUAAAUAGUAUGGAUCGACUCAAGUUUCAUUGUUGGACUAAUCAAACUUGUAUGUGGAAAUAACCGACCGAGCAGCAGGACUUAGUCCAAGUAAUUUCUCUUUCCAACACCAGAUGCCCAUGGCAUUGUUGAGUGGGCUGAAUGCAAUGUCAUUGAUGGACCUACAAUUGAAGUGAAAAUAAUAAAUAGAAAUGAAGCAGGGAAAUCCGCCGGGCAGUGGGAAUUGGACAAGGAGCAACGACAGUAGUGAUAGUAACCAUAUUUAAUGAGCUUAUGUGAUGUUUAGACAGAGGGGGGAAUGAAUGUAGAAUGGACACCAAACUCGAUUGACGUAUAGACAGCCGAUAAUAGGUGGGGGUCCUAUUAUGUGGAUUCCAAAGGAAUGUCGAAGUUAGUACAAAGAAGGGGUGCAGAGCGGGGAUUAGAAACCGAAUUUGAUAGGGAAAUUAUACAUAAUUUCAGGGAAAGUCACUCAGAACUAAGGUCCAGCCUUGGGUAUUGAAUGCCAACAAGCGGACUUGCAGAUUGUUUGCAUUGCAUUGUUUAGUAUUUGGGGAUAGAACAAUCAUAAAAGAUUGCUGGCUUAUUGUAUUUCAAUUGUAUUAUUGUAUAAUGACAAAUUAAACUAAUUGCGUUUAUAUCUCAAUGUCUAAACCGCUGGCGUAUCUGUGUAUCUUAUAGGUAUUAUAGAUUGUAUACAAUGUCUACUCUAAAAUCGAACUAAGCAAACGACUUUGAUAAAGUCAACGAGUACUUGUACCUGUAAGAAUAAUACGAAAAAGCGAUGGUUUGCAACCAAGCCAAAUAUAUAACGAAUUUAUACUCUUGAUACUUACUUAGCCGUAUCAUUUUAUAUAUGUACAUGGACGUAUAUCGGGUAUAUCUGGCCACAAUGGGCCAGAGAACAAUGGUAGCAGCAUUUUAAUUACUAGAACACAAAUUUAAGCCAUUGUUGCGACAAACUUGUACAUUUCCUUCACUACGUGGACGAACAAUGGACACUGCUGUUUGUAACUGUGCUCGAAAUGAAAUUGCAGAAAAGAUACCAAAGC